AUGUUUCCUCCAAUUAUGGAGCCUCCGCCUCAGAAAGAACUGUCCUCUCCUGAUGAGCCAUCAUCUCAAGCCGGGGAUGAGCCGUCUCAGCAAAAGGCAUCUCUCCAGGAAGAGUUCUCACUGAACAAAGGAUCAUGUCUUCAAGGAGAACCGUCUCACCAGGAUCAGCCUUCAACUCAGGAUGAGCCAUCUCAGGAAAAGGCAUCUCUCCAGGAAGAGCCACUGCUGAACAAAGAACCAUCUCCUCGAGAGGAACCAUCUGAUCAGGAGCAGCCGUCAUCCCUCAAAGAGCCAUCAACUCUGGAGGAGCCAUCUCGCGAUCAACCAACUUCUCACGAUGAGAUCUCUCCCCAGGAACAAUCAUCUCCUCAGAAUGCAACAUCAGCCCAGGAAAAGUCACCACCUCGAAAAGUGCCAUCGCCUCACAAGUAUCCACUCGGAGGAGUACAGAUCCAUAUCGGGCUUGUGAGAGUCGCCGCGAAAGCUCUUUCCAGUCACAAUAUCCCGAUGGUAGAAUACGGCCAGCAGAUUCAAUGGCGCUCGAAGGAUCCUGUCGUCCUGAUGUGUGUUGAAUGGGGAAUCCCAGAUACCCUACUCCCACUCGCAGCACAGCUUCUAUCGGACUGCGGAUUUGAGGAACAUGUUCCGGGAACAGACCCCUUUGACAGGAACGUAAAGUGGGAGCAAGCCGGCGUCUCCUACCUAGUGGGUAAUCGCGGUCAACUAAAUCUCUAUCCACUGUCGCUUUUCGGCUUUGAGCUCAAAGACACCGUCGAAGUCAUUUCUACCUUCGAUCCUAUGCGAACUAUCUUGACACCCAAGCCACACAUCUACAUGAAGUCAAUGAUUCAUCUGCUUCUCAACCAUCCACCCGAAGAUGCUCUCAGGUUGCGUAUUGAAGAUGACAUGCUGUCUUUCAUUUCAUUCUACCUCUUCAACGACGAGCCGCUGAAUACAAAGGAGGAAGGAUGGGAGGAAAGAAUGGAGAGCGAGGAGGAUUUUCAGAAAAGAGUUGAGAUUGUAGCGGCAGAGGUCAAUUCAUGGGAAUGGGACUGUUUGAAGGAUAUGCAGAUUGCUGAAUCCCUCGUUCGCCAUUGCGAGACAGUUGAGACCCUAACUAGUUUUUAA